CAUCUGGCAUCCCUAACCAGGUCAAUCAAAUCUAGGAAGUGCAGGGAUUUUUUGCGGAAAAAUUAUUUUAAAUAUAUUUUCAAUGAACUUAGAUUAUGUUAACUGACCAUCGCUGCCGAAUUUCUUUAAAAAUGAUUCCAAGAUAAGUGUAUGUAAUGUGCUAUAUAAGUGUAUGCUUUAAAAGGAUAAGAAAAACAGGUGUGCCGAUAUAAUAAUAGCGCAUAGACCUUUAAAAUGUAAAUCUCUUUCAUUUUACAUAUAAAGCAAGAAAUGUGCCGUGUAAUAUCAAUAUGUUACAAAGCAUAUACUUUGGAGGCGUUUGAAUAUAAAUGUUGAUGUUGAGUGUGACCCACUUAUGUACGUAUAGGUGGGCUGACCUCCGAAUGCGGACUUUGUGAAAUGUUAUUUUUAGCAGCUUUGCAGAUUAUUAAAUAUUUAUAAACUUACUUCGCAAUGCACAUUUGGAGAUGGAUAAUUGCAGAUAAACAUCUUCUGAUCUGCGUAUAUAGAAAAUAGAUCUAAAACUAAUGUAGUUCAAGAAAUCAGACAGUGAGCCAAUCUUCCUAAAAGGGAUCAAUUUACCAUAGAUAACGAAAACAGUGAUUUUACAAUGUCAAUACAUUUUGGCAACGCUAAAUGAAUUCAUUAGAAUUUGUUAAUAAAUUUUGCAUUAUGGUCACUUAGUCUGUAGAAUAUAGAAAGUUUGUUGUGGGCCCUAUGGCCUAAGGCCGCGUUCACACGGCAGUGAUGAAGAAGCAAAAUGUACGCACGCUAUCGUUAAUUGUGUGUACAUUUACUUAUUUACUUGUUGGUGCCGCUGUCUUUGAUGCACUUGAAUCUACCACUGAGAGAAAUCGAUUUGAAGUUUUACAAGCCAUAGAAGGCAUGAUAAUACGCAAAUACAAUAUAUCAGAAGAGGACUUCCGUGUAAUGGAAACUGUUGUUCUGAAGUCAGAGCCACAUAAGGCCGGGCAGCAGUGGAAAUUCACAGGAGCUUUCUACUAUGCAACUACAGUGUUGACUACUAUUGGCUAUGGACAUUCAACGCCUUCGACGAUAGGUGGAAAGUUAUUCACGAUGUUUUACGCUAUUGUGGGUAUUCCACUUGGGCUGAUCAUGUUCCAGAGCAUCGGUGAAAGGGUCAACAGACUUAGCAGCGUUAUUAUAAAAUCUAUAAAACGAGCAAUGAACUGCCGGCAGACGCAAGCCUCAGAGGUGGAUCUCAUAUGCGUGGUUACAACUCUCUCUUCUUUAACGAUAGCAGGUGGAGCCGCGGCAUUCUCUAAGUUUGAGGGCUGGAGCUACUUCGACAGUGUGUAUUAUUGCUUCAUCACGCUUACUACCAUCGGUUUUGGUGACAUGGUCGCUCUUCAAAAGGACAACGCGCUAAACCGCAAGCCGUCCUACGUGAUGUUUGCGCUGAUUUUCAUCCUUUUCGGCUUAGCCAUUGUGGCGGCGUGUCUCAAUCUCUUAGUGCUGAGAUUUGUCACGAUGAAUACUGAGGAUGAGAAGCGGGAUCAACAGCAAGCUGAACAGGCGCAACAAGUGGCAGUUCGAUUGGAAGGUGACGUAAUAACAGCUGAUGGUGACGUACUCAGGGGCGUGUCUCGCGGCACACGACUUCCCGCUACGCCGCGGAUGAUUACACCUGGAGAUUCGUCAAUGAUGCCGCUAUAUUCGGAGGAGGAGUACGCGCCCAGCGUAUGCAGUUGUACGUGCAAUUGUUUUGGUCAUAACUCAUCGGUACCAUACCGCGAUCCACUAUCACCAUCAAACAUGCGCCAAAUACCGCGUUAUAGAGGCAAUAUACCUCGUUAUAUCGAGAAAUCUGCCUCAAUAUACAACUCACAAACCCUCCGUCUCCACUCCGCUUCCGGGUACCUCUAUAUGAACGCUAAGAACGAAUUUACAAUCGAGCCAGAAGAUUUCCAAGAGUUGGUCGCGAGACGGCGAAAACAAUUGCGUAGGGGAAUGAGAAUGUGCCAAUACAGCCCUCAAAGCUCAUACACAAAUAUGCACGAGCGAAGCAACGAUCCAUUGGUCGACGACUAUUACUCGGAGAGAAGUAAUUACGAGAAGAAAAAACUUAAAAAGAACAUUGACAGAAAUGUUCGACGUGAAAAUUAUUUCUACGACGAGGCAGUACUGCAUUUCGACGAUGAAUACGCGUUCGAUGGAUCGAUAAUUUUUGCUAAAAGGAGAAAAUCUAUUGAUAAGGACUUGUUAUGCGAUGCACGAUUCCAGUCGGAGAAAGUGUCGAUUGAUAGCUUUGGAUACUUUUUGAAUGACACAGAUUGCUUUGUUAAUGAUACAUUGACAUUGAGUAGGCCCGCUCAUCGGGCUAGUAUCUGAAGAUUCUGUUCUUAGUAACGUUUUAUUUAACUACAGUUCCUUAGGGAGCAUUCAAGUAUUACGUAACAUAUUUUUUUCCUUUUGUAAAACGUUACGAUGCGGGGCGGGGAUUAAAU